AUGGGCUGGACUGUGUGUAAUACUACCGAGGAGCAUCAGAAGAUCGAGGAGGAAGAUCUUUGGGAUGGCGGUAUUACAUUUCACGAACUCAGCCUGAUCGUGGCCGGAGUUUGCGCUUUACUGGCUUGCGCAGUCUCUGCUUUUUUGAUUAUGAGCCAUGCCACACACUACAGCAAACCGAUCGAACAGCGACACAUUAUUCGCAUCCUAUUUAUGGUCCCCGUAUACUCCAUCGUCGCCUGGCUCAGCAUUCUUUUCUAUAACGAUUCCGUAUACUUCGAAGUCAUCGGCAACUGCUACGAAGCAUUCUGUAUUGCGGCUUUCUUCUCGCUGAUGUGCCACUACAUUGCGCCCGACCUACACAGCCAGAAGGAUUACUUCCGUGGGAUUCAGCCCAAGGGCUGGCUCUGGCCGCUGAGCUGGUUCCAGAAGUGGAAGUGCUGUUUUGGACAUCGCGGGGCGUGGCGCAACCCGCGCAGCGGUCUGACUUGGUUCAAUGUGGUCUGGGCGGGUGUCUUUCAAUACUGCGUCAUUCGAGUGUUGAUGACCAUCGUCGCGGUUGUUACACAAGCCACUGGUACAUAUUGCGAAGAGUCGAUGAGCCCGGCUUUUGCGCACGUUUGGAUCAUCAUCAUUGAGUCAAUCAGUGUUUCAAUAGCCAUGUACUGCUUGAUCCAGUUCUACUUCCAAAUUCGCAAAGACAUCGAAGAACACCAACCUUUCUUGAAGAUUCUGUCUAUCAAGUUGGUCAUUUUCCUUUCUUUCUGGCAAUCGACCUUUAUCAGUCUGCUGGUCUCUCUAGGCGCUAUCGACGAGACAAAGAAGAUAGCCAUGGCCGACCUAAAGUACGGUCUCCCGGAGCUGUUGAUCAAUAUCGAAAUGUUCAUUUUCUCCGUCCUCCACCUCUGGGCCUUCUCCUGGAAACACUACGCCCUCAACAACGAGGGCGCUGAAGUGACCGACUUCUACGGUAACGGCAAAGCAUCAUACGAGGGUGGACGUUGGGGCUUCGGUGCCCUAGGCGAUGCGAUGAACCCGUUGGAUCUCCUCAAGGCUAUUGGUCGGAGUAUCCGAUGGCUGGCUGUGGGCCGCAAGACCCGCAUGCAGGAUCCCAGUUACCAGCCUCAUGCCGAGACCAUUGGCUUGGAGCCCCCAGAGUCUGGAAUCACCAAUAACAGCACAGCCUAUGGUGGUGCAGGCGCCGCCAUGUCCGGUGGUCGGACAGGCCGGUAUGCUGGAGACGAAGAGGGUGCGGUCUUGCUUGCUCACGCGCAAUCCAACCCGUCGACCUCACACGUCGAUGCCUCGGCGUGGGAGGAUGAUAACGACGACUAUCUACAAGGGCAAGGGCAGUCUGGUCGCUUCUACGGACAUCAGAACUCUUCGCCCUACGAUGACAUUGAGCACCAAAAUACCGCCUAUCACCCCCACGACCAAGGGUCCCAGGAUUACCCGGCCAAUGGUCCUCUUAGGGAACAGGUACCAAUGCCCAUGCCCGAUCAGUAUCAACCUCCGCCACCUUACCCGGAGAGCUAUCACCAUCCAUGA